GAGACACCAAUGAGGAACCUGGAGAGCGGAAGUGCUCCUCUGUUGUCGUUCAGGAGUCGCAUGUGUGCGAAGUCUACGGUCUGUGGGAUGCAUAGAGGCGAACGUUCCUCCUCUCCUGACGGACACCUGUGUGCAAGAUGACGGCCCAGGAGAUCUGUCUGUGUGGCCUCCUUCUGCGGGAGCAUUUUGGAGAGGUGGUGGAGAAAGUGGGAACUCACCUGCUCCGAAGUGGAGCACAAAACUUGAGGACCAUCGUUCACGAAACCAACCUCUCUGUGGAUCUGGUAAAGAAGUGUCUCUGCGUGCUUGUGCAGCAUGGGGCUUGUUCGUUCACCGUUGGCCGUAAAGGACCCGGCAGCCCCACAGAGUAUCACGCCUGCGGUGAACGGAUCCUGAGAGUUCUGCGCUACCCGCGUUACAUCUACACGGCCAAAACGCUGUACGGCGACACGGGCGAGCUGAUCAUCGAGGAGCUGCUGCAGCGAGGCCACGUGACCAUGAGCAGCACAGUCAAGACGGUCGCAGACCGACUCACGCAGAACAUGGAGGAAGGCCAGAGCUUGGAUUAUAGCGAAGUUUCCUCCACCUUCUCCAAACUGGUGGAGACACAUUUUCUCCAGCGUUGCCCUCCGGUGGGGGCAGCUGGAACUUCAGGCGGCGCUGCUCCAGCCGAGGCUCCUGCCACCCCUGCAGCUCCUGCAGCUGCUGCCAGCACCGCCCCGCUGACUGCAGAGAGCUUCCCUGAGUGCUACACCUUACCGCAAGUCACGCUCACUGGACGAGGCAAACGGCAGCUGGUCCCUGAGGACGGAGAAGACCAAAGGAACGCAAAAAGGGCUAAGAUGACCUCAGAGUCACAUGGUGAUGAGGGAAUUUACUGGCAAGUGAACUUUGAGCGGUUCCAUCAAUACUUCAGAGACCAGGCGAUCAUCAGUGCUGUGGCCAAUAAGCUGGAUCAGACCAGCAGUGAAAUAGUGAGGACUAUCCUGAGGAUGAGUGAGGUGACCACCUCGCCCACAGCCACCUGCACAAAGCCCCUCUCGACCAAUGAGAUCUUCAGGUCGCUCCCAGCCAGCUACAACAUCCCCAGACACAUCUUGGACCAGUAUCUGACUCUGCUGGUGGACGACCCGAUGGAGUUUGUUGGGAAGGCUGGAGAAAGUGGAGGAGGAAUGUUUGUUGUCAAUCUACACAAAGCACUCGCGAACCUGGCUCGAGCCACACUUGAGUCCAUCGUGCAGGAGAGAUUCGGCUCCCGGUCGGCUCGUAUCUUCCGCCUGUUGCUGCGGAAGAGACACCUGGAGCAGAAGCAGGUGGAGGACUUUGCCAUGAUUCCAGCAAAGGAGGCCAAGGACAUGCUCUACACCCUCCUGUCCCACAACCUGGUGCAGCUACAGGAAAUCCCCAAGACCCCAGAUUUCGCUCCAUCUCGCACCUUUUAUCUUUACACCGUCAACCAGCUCCCAACAGCCCGAAUGCUGCUGCAGAACUGCUACAAGACCGUGGCCAACCUCAUAGAGCGACGCCUGUUUGAGACCAAAGAAAACAAGCGCCUCCUGGAGAAAUCCCAGCGGAUCGAAGCCAUCCUGGCGUCCCUGCAGGCCAGCGGAGCCGAGCCCGAACAGCUGAGCGAAGUGGAGGAGAUGAUCUCUGCUCCCGAGAAGCAACAGCUGGAUGUUUUAAGGCUUCACGUCAACAAGUUAGAUUCAGCUGAGAACCAAGUAGAUGAAACCAUCUUUAUCUUAGAAUCCUACAUCAGCUCAACAUCUGCAAGUUGAGACUUAAGUGUUACAAUUUGGCCAAAAGUUUGAUCAUUUUAGACUUUAUUCUUUUCAUCUUUCUGUUAAAUUGGAGUGAACGGGUUGUUUUUUUGUUUUGUUUUUAUUGCGUGGAUCAAGAUUGAAUAAACAGAUCAGUAGUG